AUGGCCCGAGACAAGAAAUCGAAGAGGCAGCUCAUCCGCGACGAAAAGAAGGCCAAGAAGCGCCAACGCGAGCUCGAGAAUGACGAGACGAAGCAAGAAAGGAAGCGCCAGCGCAUCGAGGCGGCCGAGGGCGACGAGGACGCCCCCUUCAACGAGGAUGGCUACAACGGUGGCGCGGAGCAACCGCAAUACAAUGGCGGAGGAGGUGGCUCAGGAGAACCAGAGCGCGAGUUUUUCGGCAUGCUGACGGACGAGGAACAAGAAUACUUCCGCAGCGCGGACGAGAAGCUCGAGACCAACGACUUCGAGUCCGACGAGGACAGAGGCUACUUCCUCCAGAGCAUAUAUACCGAAGCAGUGGGCAAGGAGCUGAAGCUGGCGAGCAGCCAGUCUUGCUCGAGGCUGAUGGAGAGGUUGAUAUUGUUGAGCAACACGAGGCAAAAGAAGCGGUUGUUUGAGGCCUUCACUGAGCAUUUCGUCACGCUGGUCACGCAUCGCUUCGCAAGUCACUGUUGUGAGAAGCUCUUCAUACAGUCGGCCCCCGUUGUGACCCGGGAGUUGAGCGGCAUGGUCGAAGAAGAGGAGCAGGCCGAGGAAGGCGAGGAGGGCGAGGGCGAACAGAAGGCAACCAAGGCGUCAAUGGAGGAGCUAUUCCUGUUCACCUUAGACGAGCUCGAGGCUCACCUGUCGUACUUGCUCUCCGACAGGUUUGGGUCGCAUGCCCUCCGUGUGCUUCUUAUGGUUCUUUCAGGCCGGCCGCUGGAUCAGGUCUCGACCAAGUCAUUACUGCAGAGCAAGAGGAAAGAGCACAUUUCUGUGCAGGGCGGGCGAACCGAGACCGACGAGAUGAACGGACAGGUCAGAGUUGUGCCAGAAACGUUUACUCUGGCCACGCAGAAGAUCCUCGAGGACACGACUUCGUCAAUGGACUCGACUGCUCUUCGAGUAUUAGCGACACACCCGACAGGCAACCCUGUACUGCAAUUAAUGGUGGACCUGGACAUAUCCCUGAACGGCAAGGACAAGGAGAAGAGGGGCCAACUACUGCUUCUGAAGCUUCUCCCAGACGCACCCGAGAGCUUAAGCGAUAACUCGACAGCCGCCUCGGACUUUGUCAACUCGAUGAUGUACGACCCAAUUGGGUCAAGGCUGCUCGAGACGAUUGUGACCCACGCACCAGCCAAGAUCUUCAAAGCCCUUAACGCGAACUUCUUCAGCCCCAGGAUACACACAUAUAUGCGUAACGACAUCGCCUGCUACCCAGCCAUCAAAGCCCUGAACCGCAUGGGCAAAGAUGAUGUCGCCGAGUCUGCACGGAAGAUGGUGCCAGAGAUACCGAAAAUCGUCGCGGCAAAACGGUACAACGUCUUGAAGGCCCUCUUUGAGCGGUGUAAUGUGCGGCAAGUGACUGAAGAACUUGAGGGAUUGCUGGAGGCGGUGUGUGCUGCAUACGACUCUACAAAUGGCCUUAACCUUAUCCCCAAGCUUUGCGGAUUGGACAACGAAUCUACCUCUAAAGACGAUGACCCAGCGAAGAAAUUCCAGCCAUCAUUGCAGACCGACAAGCAAAAAGCUGCCACCGUGUCACACGGCUGCCAGCUUGCCACUGCACUCCUUGGCAUCCCCGGGGCGCCAGCGAGCACACUGCAGAACUCCAUGCUGUCCCUAUCCUCGGACCAGCUCGUGCACCUCGCGACGUCGACGACGCCGUCCAUGAUCGUCAUCCGCACGGCGCUAUCGUCGCCCGCACAGGUGCCCAACUUUCACAAGGCGGUGGUGACCAAGUUGGCGCCCCGUGUGAUGGAGCUGGCGCAUUCUCAGAUAGGGCACAACGUGGUCAACGCGAUCGUGGGGAUCCCGUCCAAGGCUGCCGGUGGGCCGGAGGCGCAGGCGGGGGUGGUCCCGUUCCACCUCAAGGAGCGGAUCAUGACCACGCUGGGGGCGGGCGAGAAGGGCCUACGGGAGAGCUGGACGGGCAGGAGCGUAUGGCGGACGUGGAAGGGCGACCAGUGGAAGUUCAGGCGGGGCGACUGGGUGCGGUUCGUCAAGGAAGUGGACCCCGAGGUGAAGCCCGAGGAGAAGCUGUGGAACCGGGUUGCGGAGAAGGAGAAAGCGAAGGCAAAGAAGGGCAAGAAGGACAAGUCCAGGGACAGACCGAGAGGCCAGGACGGUGAGGGUGAUGAUGAUGGUAAUAGGGAGUGA